AUGUCCGGACGCAAGGACUUCUUGUCGCAGGCGGCGCCCGAGAACUACGUCGCAGGUCUUGGUCGUGGUGCGACUGGCUUUACCACUCGAAGCGAUCUGGGACCAGCACGAGAAGGACCAAGUGAAGAGCAGAUCAAGGAAGCUCUUGCCAAGCGCGCAGCUGCUCUUGGGAACGCGCCACCAACAGCAUACGGAGUGACGAAGAAGAAGGACGACGACGAAGAUGACGAGCAGUACCGGGACGCCGAGAACGAGGAAGGGCUGUUUGCGACUGGAAACUACGACAGAGACGAUGAUGAAGCCGAUCGGAUAUACCAGACUGUGGAUGACCGCAUGGCGAAGCGGCGCAAGAUCUCGAGGUUAGUACUGACUCCCAGCCCCUCCACUGUUCACGUGAAAUAUUCAUCGUCCUCGCAGCACGAUCAGUAUGCCGACUUGAGGAUUCACAGGGAAGAGCGAGAACGCCAAGAACGAGAAGACUUCGAACGAAAGAACCCCAAGAUCCAGCAACAAUUUGCCGAUCUGAAGCGAGCACUCGGUACCGUCAGCGACGAUGACUGGGCGAACAUCCCCGAAGUAGGCGACAUGACCGGGAAGAAUAGACGGAAUCGGCAGAACCAGCGACAACGAUUCUAUGCUGUACCCGACAGCGUGUUGGCCGGAGCAAGAGAUAGUGGACAGCUCGGCACGGAGAUCCAGGAGGAUGGCAUGGCUACAGAUGCUGGGAAUGGCGAGUCCAACGAGCAGGCGGAUGGCACAAUGACCAACUUUGCCGACAUUGGUGCUGCGCGUGACAAGGUGCUGAAGGCAAGAUUGGACAAGGCUGCACAAUCGUCUGGUACUGAAACGACGGGCACGAGCACCAGUAUUGAUCCCAAGGGAUACAUGACCGCACUCAGCCAAACAGAGUUAAAGGCGGGCGAGAUUCCUGUAGGCGACAUUAAGCGUGCUAGAGUUCUUCUGGAGUCGGUCAUCAAGACCAACCCUCGCCAUGGUCCCGGUUGGAUUGCUGCAGCGCGUCUGGAAGAAUACGCAGGCAAGAUCGUGGCUGCUCGGAAUGUCAUUCGACGAGGCUGCGAAAUGUGUCCUAAAAAUGAAGGAGUCUGGCUGGAGAGCAUGCGAUUGAAUGAUCGGUCAAAUGCGAAGAUCAUUGCAGCGAAGGCCAUCGAGCAGAAUGAUCGAUCCGUGCAGCUUUGGAUCGAGGCAUCAAAAUUAGAAGACAUACCGGCACAGAGAAAGCGUGUGCUUCGGAAAGCGCUUGACCACGUUCCCCAAUCAGUCGUCAUCUGGAAGGAAGCUGUGAAUCUGGAAGAAGACCCUGCAGAUGCGAAGCUGCUCCUGGCGAAGGCAACUGAAAUAAUUCCUCUUUCAGUGGAGCUAUGGCUUGCAUUGGCACGUUUAGAGACGCCAGACCAGGCUCAGGUGGUCCUCAACAAAGCUCGAAAGGCUGUUCCCGCCAGCUACGAAAUUUGGAUUGCCGCAGCUCGCCUUCAGGAGCAGAUUGGCAAGGGCGACAUGGUGCCGAAGGUCAUGGAACGUGCCGUCAAGGCUCUUGCGCGCGAGUCUGCUAUGCUCAAGCGCGAGGAAUGGAUAUCGCAAGCUGAGAUCUGUGAAGAGGAAGGUGCCUUCCUUACUUGUCGAGCGAUAAUCCAGGAGACGAUAGGAUGGGGACUAGACCAGGACGAUGACCGAAAGCAAGUAUGGCUGGACGACGCCAAAUCUUCCAUCGGUAGAGAUCGGUUCGAGACUGCCAGAGCGAUCUAUACUGUGGCCAGGAGAGACUUCUACAACCGCAAGAGCGUAUGGCUAUCCGCAGCAGAUCUCGAGAGAAAUCACGGCAGCAAGGAAGACCUUCUCAACAUUCUUGCUGAAGCUGUCAAUUGCAUACCUAGUUCUAGCGAGCUCUGGAUGCAGCUCGCAAAGGAGAAGUGGAUGUCCGGGGAUGUCGCAGGCGCUAGACAAGUGUUGGGCGAGGCCUUCUCCAAAAAUCCCGAGAGCGAAGACAUCUAUCUCGCAGCCGUCAAGCUCGAAGCAGACAGCGGCCAAGAACAACAAGCACGGAAACUGCUGGCCCAAGCGCGUGCCGAAGCUCGUACAGACCGUGUCUUCAUUCGGAGCGUAGCUUUCGAGCGACAAAUGAACGACAGAGAUCGAGCUCUUGAACUCGUAAAUGAGGGUCUCGAAAGCUUUCCCAAGACUGAUAAGCUCUGGAUGAUGAAAGGGCAAAUCUACGAAUCGAAGAACAUGCUUCCGCAAGCGAGAGAAGCUUACAGUAACGGCACUCGGAAGUGCCCCAAAAGCGUGCCCCUCUGGCUUCUCGCGAGUCGCUUAGAAGAGAAGAUGGGCGUCACAGUGAAAGCUCGUUCUAUCCUAGACAGGGCCCGUCUCGCUGUACCCAAGAACCCUCAACUAUGGACCGAGUCCAUCCGCCUCGAGUUGCGAGCUAAGAACGAAGCUGCAGCGAAACAGAAAAUGGCCCAAGCACUCCAAGAAUGUCCAAAGUCAGGUCUCAUCUGGAGCGAAAGAAUCUGGCAUUUGGAAGCUCGCACGCAACGAAAACCUCGCAUCCUCGAAGCCAUCAAGAUGGUCGAAAACGACCCCAUCCUGUUCAUUACCGCCGCGAGGAUCUUCUGGGGAGAGAGGAAGCUGGACAAAGCCGAUACCUGGUUUCAGAAAGCUGUCAUCUUAGAUCCUGACUUUGGGGAUGCGUGGGCUUGGUGGUAUAAGUUUUUGCUGCAGCAUGGAGAGGAAGCGAAGAGGGCGGAAGUGGUCAGUAAGUGUGUGCAAAAUGAUUGCAGGCAUGGAGAGGUGUGGCAGAGUGUGAGGAAGGCACCGGAGAAUGCGGGAAAGAGCGUCGAGGAAGUCCUGAAGAUUGUUGCGAAGACACUGGAGUGA